AUGAUGGAAAAUAAUAAUAAUAAUAAUAAUAAUAAUAAUAAUAAUAAUAAUAAAAAAUGUUCACUUCAUCCAAAUAAAAAAUUAAAAUAUUUAUGUUUGGGUUGUAAAUUAAUUCCAUGUUGUAUUAUAUGUACAUCAAGUAAAGGUGAACAUCAUGGUCAUAAAACUGAACCAUUAGAAUUUGUAACAACAUCAAAUAUUAUUUCAUUAGUUAAUGAUUUUAAAGAUAAUAUAUAUCAAAAAGUAAUUGAAAGAAUAGAUAGCAAUCAAACUAUAUUAAAUGAAUCAACUGAUAAAUUCAAUGAAAUUCAAUCACAAUUUCAUAUUAAUAAUGAUUCAUUAAAUAAAGAAUUUAAAAAAAUUCAUGAUAUCAUUUCAAUCAUAGAAUUAGAUAUUAAAAAACAAUUAAUUACAACCUAUGAAAAUAAUACAUUAAUAAAUACAGAAUUAACUUCUUCAAUAAAUCAUGAUAAUCAAAUACUAUCAGAAAUAAUAAAUAAUAAUGAAAAUGAUAAUAAUAACAAUUAUAGCACAACCAUUGAAAAAUUAAAUCAAAUUAUUCAAAAUAACAAUCAACAACUUUAUGAUAAUGAUUUUAAUAAUGAUGCAGAUUUAAUUAAAAUAAUUAAACAAUAUCAACAAUCAUUAAUAAUUUUAAAUAAUAAUAAUGAUAUCAAUAAUUCAAAUAAAUUAAAAGAAUACAACAAUCAAUCAAUUAAUUAUAAUCAACGAAUAAUUGGAGAAAUUAAAGAUAAAUCAAAAUUAAUUUACACAUUAAAUAAUAAUAAUAAUAAUAAUAAUAAUAAUAAUAAUAAUAAUAAUAAUAAUAAUAAUAAUAAUAAUAAUAUUUUUAUUAAUAAUAAAAGAUAUGAAAUAAGAAUGAAUGAAAAAAAUAAUGAAUUUUUUAAAUAUAAGGAAUCUUUUAAAUUUAAAAAUAAACUUGGUGUGGCAUUUAAAGAUGAUUGUAAUAUUUUAUCAAAAUUAGAACAAAACCAACUACCAUCAAGUGUAAUGUUAUUAGAUGGAUUCAACCAGAAAUUAAUACAAAAUAUAUUACCAGAAGGUAUUUUAUCCUUGUAUUUAGGUGAUAUAAAACAAGAAUUAAUUAUUGACUCAAUUCCUAAUACUGUAACAACUGUUGUUUUAUGUAAUGGUUUCAAUCAAAAAUUAACCAAAGGUAUAAUACCAGAAAGUGUUAAAGAGUUGUAUAUAGGUAAUUUAAAACAAGAAUUAAUUAUUGAUUCAAUUCCUAAUACUGUAACAACUGUUGGUUUAUGUGAUGGAUUCAAUCAAAAAUUAACCAAAGGUAUAAUACCAGAAAGUGUUAAAGAGUUACGUUUAGCUGAUAUAAAACAAGAAUUAAUAAUUAAUUCAAUUCCUAAUACUGUAACAACCGUUGGUUUAUGUGAUGGUUUCAAUCAAAAAUUAACCAAAGGUAUAAUACCAGAAGGUGUUAAAGUGUUACGUUUAGGUGAUAUAAAACAAGAAUUAAUAAUUGAUUCAAUUCCUAAUACUGUAACAACUGUUGUUUUAUGUAAUGGAUUCAAUCAAAAAUUAACCAAAGGUAUAAUACCAGAAGGUGUUAAAGAGUUGCAUAUAUGUGAUAUAAAACAAGAAUUAAUUAUUGAUUCAAUUCCUAAUACUGUAACAACUGUUGUUUUAUAUGAUGGAUUCAAUCAAAAAUUAACCAAAGGUAUAAUACCAGAAGGUGUUAAAGUGUUGCAUAUAUGUGAUAUAAAACAAGAAUUAAUUAUUGAUUCAAUUCCUAAUACUGUAACAACUGUUAUUUUAUGUGAUGGAUUCAAUCAAAAAUUAACCAAAGGUAUUAUACCUGAAGGUGUUAAAGAGUUGUAUAUAUGUGAUAUAAAACAAGAAUUAAUAAUUGAUUCAAUUCCUAAUACUGUAACAACCGUUGGUUUAAGUGAUGGAUUCAAUCAAAAAUUAACCAAAGGUAUAAUACCAGAAGGUGUUAAAGAGUUACUUUUAAGUGAUAUAAAACAAGAAUUAAUUAUUGAUUCAAUUCCUAAUACUGUAACAACUGUUGGUUUAUAUGAUGGAUUCAAUCAAAAAUUAACCAAAGGUAUAAUACCAGAAGGUGUUAAAGAGUUAGAGUUAGGUGAUAUAAAACAAGAAUUAAUUAUUGAUUCAAUUCCUAAUACUGUAACAACUGUUACUUUAUGUAAUGGAUUCAAUCAAAAAUUAACCAAAGGUAUUAUACCUGAAGGUGUUAAAGAGUUGCAUAUAUUUGAUAUAAAACAAGAAUUAAUUAUUGAUUCAAUUCCUAAUACUGUAACAACUGUUUUUUUAUGUGAUGGAUUCAAUCAAAAAUUAACCAAAGGUAUAAUACCAGAAAGUGUUAAAGAGUUACGUUUAGGUGAUAUAAAACAAGAAUUAAUAAUUGGUUCAAUUCCUAAUACUGUAACAGCUGUUGGUUUAUAUGAUGGAUUCAAUCAAAAGUUAACCAAAGGUAUAAUACCUGAAGGUGUUAAAGAGUUACGUUUAGGUAAAAUAAAACAAGAAUUAACAAUUGAUUCAAUCCCUAAUACUGUAACAACUGUUGGUUUAUUAGAUGGAUUCAAUCAAAAAUUAACCAAAAGCAUAAUACCAGAAGGUGUUAAAGAGUUGUAUAUAGGUGAUAUAAAACAAGAAUUAAUAAUUGGUUCAAUUCCUAAUACUGUAACAACUGUUGGUUUAUAUGAUGGAUUCAAUCAAAAAUUAACCAAAGGUAUAAUACCAGAAAGUGUUAAAUUAUUACGUUUAGGUGAUAUAAAACAAGAAUUAAUAAUUGGUUCAAUUCCUAAUACUGUAACAACUGUUACUUUUUAA